AUGAACCGUAUUACUAAAUUAAAGGAGUCCUCGGUUACCUGGAUUGAGGAUGAGCAGGAAAUUAAAAAUCAUGUUCUGCAUUAUUUUCAGUCUAUUUUUUAUGGCGGUUCUAUGGAUUGUGAACAGGUUUUUGAGUUGGUGCUGCUCUUGAUUAGUGAUGCCGAUAAUGCUGAUCUUUGUGCUCCCUUUUCUAAUGAAGAAUUUAGAGCUACUCUUUUUCAGAUGCAUCCAGACAAUGCACUUGGGCCGGAUGGGUUAAAUCCUGUAUUUUACCAGAGAUUUUGGCACUUGAUUGGCAAUGAUGUUUCCGAUGGUUGUCGCCUAUGGCUUCAACAAUGUAUUUUUCCUUCUCUUUCUGAAACAUUGAUUGUUUUGAUCCCUAAAAUGGAUAGUCCUGAAACUGUUAAAAACUUUCGUCCAAUUGCGUUAUGUAAUGUGUUAUAUAAGAUUGUGGCUAAAGUUUUAGCGAAUAAAUUUAAAAGGGUCCUUCUUAUGAUUAUCUCUAAGAAUCAGUCUGCCUUUAUCCCUCAUCGGUUGAUUACCGAUAAUAUUAUAGUUGCGUUUGAAAUGAUUCACAAUAUGAAAAUUAAUAAGGGUAGAAAUUAUGGUAAUUGUGCACUUAAAAUUGAUAUUUCUAAGGCUUAUGAUAUGGUAGAGUGGGAGUUUCUAAAAGGCAUGCUGGAACGAUUUGGUUUUUCUACUCAAUGGAUUAGAGGUCUUCGACAGGGGAUCCUAUUUCUCCGUAUCUCUAUUUGGUGUGUGCGGAAGGCUUAUCGUUACUACUUAAAGAUGCUGAAUCUAGGGGCUGGUUGCAAGGCUGUAGGGCAGGUACUGAAUGAAGCAGAUAAUAUUAAAUCUAUUCUCAAUACCUAUGCGGCUGCUUUUGGACAAGUGGUGAACUUUAACAAAUCUAGCAUUUUCUUCAGUCCCAAUAUAGUCUCCUCUGUAAGGUCUAAUAUCAGUAAUAUCCUGGAUGUUCAUUCACCAUUGAGAGUGUUUAAAGCAAAGUACUUUCCAAAUGGUGAUUUAUUUUCCGUCAAUGUAAGUAAUGGUGCUAACUUUGUUUGGAAAAGUGUGAUGGCAUCAAGGGAGUUGAUUCGAAGGGUUACAAGGUGGAGAGUGGAUAAUGGAGAGAAGGUUUUAGUGGCUUCAGCUCCUUGGAUUUCUAAGGAGGAUAUUUUUUUUGCAGAUGAUGGCCCCGAUUUUAUUGAACCACAUUUGUGUGUUUGUGAUCUUUUUGAAGGUAAUGGGAGGGUUUGGAACAUUGCUUUUUUAAUGAAGCUUUUUUCUCCAAGAGAUUUCAGGGCUAUUAUUAGUAUUCCUAUUAGUAUUACCAAUAAGGAAGAUUCCUUCUUGUGGCACUUUGAUAAAAGAGGUGUGUAUACGGUGAAGUCCGCAUACUUUAUGUAUAUGGACUUGCUAGGAAGAUCAUCUUUUAAUGUGGGGGGUGAGUUAUGGACUAGUUUAUGGAAUGUUUCGGUUCCUCCAAAAGUGAAGAAUUUCUGUUGGAGAGUUUGUAGAAAUAUAUUGCCUACAAAGGAUAAUUUAAGGCAAAAGGGGUGGAUGCUAGAUGUUCUUGGUGCCAUGAAGAUGAAAGUGUCAAUCAUAUUUUGUUGCAUUGUCAUGUGUCCAAGAAAGUUUGGAGGUUAG